AUGGGGCAAAGAAGGAAAGGAAGGUGGAGGAGGGAAGGAAAGGAAGGGAGGAGGGGAGGAGUGCGUGAUGAUUCGUCUGCUCCGCGACCGCGACGUAGCCACGCACCGCUUCAAAUCCCCCUCCCCACCACUUUUGACGCGAAUAAUCUCCUCCCCCAUCUCCAUCUCCACCUCCUCCAUAUAAUCCUCCGAUCCGUCGCCCUUUUCCCGACCCGAGAUCUCCCCCCAAGUUCGCAUCUUUCGUCCUUUCCCCACGUACCCAUUUGCUCAUUCCGCCGGAAUUCGGCCGGAAUUCCUCCCCCGCCGCCGCAAUGGGGCAGGUCCCGUCUUCCGCCUCCUCCUCCCCCGAGCCCAGCCACCGCGGCGGCGCGAUCUCGUCCAGCCACCGCCUCGACUCCCUCCCCUCCCUCGAGUUCGUCUCGUCGUUCGAGGACGAGGAGGACGCCGCCGCCGCCGACGGGGGCCGCCGCUGGGUACGACUACACCGGCGACCUCCCCGACGAGUGCCUCGCCCACGUUUUCCACUUCCUCGGCACCGGGGACCGGAAGCGGUGCUCCGUCGUGUGCCGGCGGUGGCGCCGCGUCGACGGGGAGAGCCGGCACCGGCUCUCGCUGAACGCGCAGGCCGACCUGCUCUCGUCGCUCCCCUCUGUGUUCUCCCGCUUCGACGCCGUCACGAAGCUCGCGCUCCGGUGCGACCGGAAGUCGGUCAGCCUGGGCGACGAGGCGCUGGUCCUGAUCUCCCUCCGGUGCCGCGGCCUCGCCCGGCUCAAGCUCCGCGGCUGCCGCGAGGUCACCGAUCUCGGGGUCGCGGCCUUCGCCGACAACUGCCGGCAGCUGAGGAAGCUCUCCUGCGGGUCGUGCUCGUUCGGCGCGAGGGCCAUCAAUGCGGUGCUCGACCACUGCGUGAAUCUGGAGGAGCUGUCCAUCAAGCGCCUCCGGGGAAUCCACGACGGCGCCGAGCCCAUCGGGCCGGGAGCCGCGGCGAAGUCGCUGAGAUCCAUUUGCUUGAAGGAGCUCAUCAAUGGUCAGUGCUUCGGUCCUCUCCUGGUCGGAGCGAGAAAGCUCUCGACUUUGAAGUUGAUUCGCUGUCUGGGCGAUUGGGACAAUGUUCUCCAGACAAUUGGGAGCUCAAAUCCAGGUCUAUUAGAAGUUCAUUUGGAGAGAAUUCAGGUGAGCGAUGGCGGUCUUUGCGGGAUCGCGAACUGCAAGGGUAUCGACAGUCUGCAUGUCGUGAAGGUCCCCGAGUGUUCGAAUUUAGGUCUUUCUAGCAUUGCUGAGAAUUGCAGGCAAUUGAGGAAGCUCCACAUUGAUGGGUGGAGGAUAAACAGGAUAGGCGAUGAGGGUCUGGUCGAGGUCGCCAAGCAGUGCCUCCAGUUGCAGGAGCUGGUCCUGAUCGGCGUCAGCGUGACCCAUUCUAGCUUGGCCACAAUCGGUUCCAAUUGCAGGAAAUUGGAAAGGUUAGCCUUCUGUGGGAGUGACACGGUCGGUGAUGCGGAGAUUGCGUGCAUUGCCGCCAAGUGCGAGGCCCUGAAGAAGCUCUGCAAGAAUUGCCCCAUUACUGAUGUCGGGAUCGAAUCCCUUGCUCAGGGGUGUCCCAAUCUGGUGAAGAUUAAGGUGAGGAAGUGCAGGGGAGUGAGCGGGCAAGUGGUGGAGCUGUUGAAGGAGCGGAGAGGGUCGCUGGUCUUCAAUUUGGAUGCCUGUGGAAUCGAAGCAUUGGACGAUAUCAGAGGAGUUCAAGAAAGUGUUAUGGAGUUCCCUCCUGUGAAUACUUCCGAUGCGCCGUCGAGUAGCAAUGAGAGGUCAAUGUUGUUUAGGGCGAAGCUAGGUCUUUUCGCGGGUAGGAAUUUAGUGGCCUGCACCUUCAGGAGGUGGUCAAAUGGUGAAAAUCGCACCAAUGGAAACUUGUGAAUUCCAAUUGUUGUAAGCGCUGAAAAUUGUUUUGUUGACAUUUCGUUGUGUUUAGACCUUCCCUAGGCAAUUCUUGUUCGCAAUGAUGUACCUAUUAUCGCCCUUUUGCCUCGUGCAACUUUUCUUGGAAAUGAAACUCGAGUUCUUUUACUUCUC